AUGCUGCUAAACACCGGGCUCUGCGUCCGGCACGCGUCCAGACCACAGCUGUGGAGAUCUGCCAGGCUCGCUCUAUUUUCGAAGCGGCCACUGGCUCUUGUCGCCGCGUCGGCCCGUCCGCAAUCUCCCAUCCGAGAUGUGCGAGCCACACCUCUACAAUGGCACUCUGUUAAGUGGUUCCACUUGUCGCGGACGUCCCUCCAGGAGAAAAAACCGUCUCCCGCCGUGCUUAAGGAGGAGCGCCACUCGCAGAUCCGCAUCCUCAAAGACUUGCUCUCGUACAUCUGGCCCAGAAACAACCCGUGGGCCAAGUUCCGGGUGGUGGUGGCAUUGGGUAUGUUGAUCGCGGCCAAAGUACUCAACGUGCAGGUGCCGUUCUUUUUCAAGUCGAUCAUUGACUCGAUGAACAUCGAUUGGGUGUCGCAAGCUGGGCUUCUGACCACCUCGAUUGGAGCCAUCAUCCUGGCGUACGGUGUGACCCGUUUCGGAGCCGUGCUGUUUGGCGAGCUCAGAAAUGCCAUUUUUGCCAGAGUCGCCCAGAACGCCAUCAUGAAGGUGGCGCACAACACGUUUGUCCAUCUGCUCAACCUGGACCUCAAUUUCCAUCUUGCAAGACAGACAGGCGGCCUCACACGAGCCAUCGACAGAGGAACCAAAGGCAUCUCGUACGUGCUCACGGCGAUGGUGUUCCACAUUUUGCCAAUCACGUUUGAGAUCUCCGUUGUUUGCGGUAUCCUCACAUACAACUACGGCGCCUCGUUUGCUGCCGUCACGCUGAUGACCAUGCUGGCGUACUCGAUUUUCACCAUAAGAACCACCGCGUGGCGAACCGGGUUCCGCAGACAGGCUAACAAGGCCGAUCAGAAGGCUGCCAGCGUGGCUCUCGACUCGCUGAUCAACUACGAGUCGGUCAAAUAUUUCAACAACGAGGGCUUCCAGUCGCAGAAGUACGACUCUGCGCUCAACAACUACAAAAACGCGUCGGUCAAGGUGGCCACGUCGCUGGCGUUUUUGAACUCCGGCCAGAAUCUCAUUUUCACGACCGCGCUGACCGCAAUGAUGUACAUGGCCUGUCAAGGUGUGGCUGCGGGCUCCUUGACCGUUGGUGACCUGGUGCUGAUCAACCAGCUCGUGUUCCAGCUGUCCGUGCCGCUCAAUUUUCUAGGAUCCGUGUAUCGCGAGCUGAAACAGUCGCUGCUUGACAUGGAGUCGCUGUUCAAUCUUCAGAAGGUGGACGUGAAAAUUAAGUCCAAGCCCAACGCUCCUCCGUUGGAGCUCAAGGGAGGAGAAAUCAAAUUUGAAAAUGUCACCUUUGGCUACCAUCCAGACCGGCCAAUUUUGAAAAACUGCUCGUUCACGAUUCCCGCGGGCCAGAAGGUGGCCAUUGUUGGUCCGUCUGGAAGCGGAAAAUCAACAAUUCUCAGAUUGGUGUUUCGGUUCUACGACGUCACGAGCGGAAGAAUUUUAAUCGAUGGCCAGGACAUCAGAGACGUUGACCUGGACAACUUGCGCAGACACAUCGGCGUGGUUCCGCAGGACACCCCGCUUUUCAAUGACACUAUUUUGGAGAACCUCAGAUACGGAAAUUUGGCUGCCACCGACGAGGAAGUGGACGCGGUGAUCAAAAAGGUCAAGCUGGACACCCUGGUGCACGACAUGCCUGAUGGCGUUCGCACGAUCGUUGGAGAGCGUGGAAUGAUGAUCUCCGGUGGAGAAAAACAAAGACUGGCGAUCGGCAGACUGCUGCUGAAAGAUGCUCCAAUUACGUUCUUUGACGAGGCAACGUCUGCCCUGGACACGCACACCGAGCAGGCUUUGCUGAAGACCAUCCGGACUGUUUUCAAGGAAAGCAAUAAGACCAAUGUCAGUAUUGCUCAUCGUCUAAGAACAAUUGCCGAUGCCGACAAGAUCAUUGUUCUUCGCAACGGAGAAGUUCUGGAGGAAGGUACUCACUACGAGCUUCUGGGACGCAAGCAGUCACUCUACAAGGAGUUGUGGAAUAUUCAGGAAAACCUGAAUUUGGAAGAAGAGCUUGCUGAGGAAGACAAGAAGGAGGAGGCUAAGAUAGAAGGAAAAGCAUGA